AUGUCCUCAUCAAGAUUCUUGGUCAAGGGGGCUCAGUCCCUCUCGUCAUCAUCUAGAUCAUCAAUGUUGACUAGAUCCAUGGCCACUCUCCAGUCUUCUAUCGGUGACAAGCAAGUCCCCAUGUCUAACCUCGAGAAGGGCAAAUUCGUAAACUACGCUAGAAUCGAGAGCAAUUUACAAGUUGUCAGACAACGACUCAACCGACCCCUUACCCUCGCCGAAAAGAUCGUCUACGGUCACUUGGAUAACCCCCACGAACAAGAUAUCGAACGAGGUGUAUCUUACCUUAAGCUUAGACCUGACCGAGUUGCUUGUCAAGAUGCUACCGCUCAAAUGGCUAUUCUCCAAUUCAUGUCUGCCGGUCUCCCUCAAACAGCCGUACCAACCUCUGUACACUGUGAUCACUUGAUUCAAGCUCAAGUUGGUGGUCCAAAAGAUUUGGCCCGAGCUAUCGACAUCAACAAGGAAGUUUACGACUUCUUGGCUACUGCUUGUGCCAAAUACGGUAUCGGUUUCUGGAAGCCUGGUUCCGGUAUUAUCCACCAAAUCAUCCUCGAAAACUACGCUCUCCCAGGUCUCAUGAUGAUCGGUACCGACUCUCACACUCCUAACGCUGGUGGUCUCGGUAUGGUCGCUUGUGGUGUUGGUGGUGCCGAUGCUGUCGAUGUCAUGGCUGGUAUCCCUUGGGAACUUAAAGCUCCUAAGGUUAUCGGUGUCUACCUUGACGGUAAGAUGAGCGGAUGGACCACUCCUAAAGAUAUCAUCCUCAAAGUAGCUGGUAUCCUCACCGUCAAGGGUGGUACCGGUGCCAUCAUUGAAUACCACGGUCCUGGUGUUGAAUCUCUCUCUUGUACCGGUAUGGCCACCAUCUGUAACAUGGGUGCUGAAAUCGGUGCCACCACCUCCCUCUUCCCUUACAACAAGCGAAUGGCUUCUUACCUCCAAGCUACUGGCCGAUCUCAACAAGCCGCUUACGCUCAAGAGUUCAACCACAACUUGCAACCCGAUGAAGGAUCCGAGUACGACCGAAGAAUCGAGAUCAACCUUUCCGAACUUGAACCCCAUAUCAACGGUCCCUUCACCCCUGAUCUUGCCACCCCCAUCUCCAAAUUUGCCGAGGAAGUCAAGAAGAACAACUGGCCAGAGGAGCUCAAGGUCGGUCUUAUCGGUUCAUGUACCAACUCUUCAUACGAAGACAUGUCUCGCUCAGCCCACAUCGCUAAGGAAGCUGCCGACCACGGUCUCAAGACCAAAUCCAUCUUCACCAUCACCCCUGGUUCCGAACAAGUCCGAGCUACCAUUGCUCGAGAUGGUUUCGUUGACACUUUCGAGAACGUCGGUGGUGUUGUCCUUGCCAACGCUUGUGGUCCUUGUAUCGGUCAAUGGGAUCGACAAGAUGUUAAGAAGGGUGAAGUCAACUCUAUCAUCUCUUCUUACAACCGAAACUUCACUGGCCGAAAUGAUGCCAACCCUGCCACUCACGCUUUCGUCGCUUCCCCUGAUCUCGUCACUGCCAUGACUUUCGCCGGUUCCCUCUCCUUCAACCCCUUGACCGACUCUCUCAAGGGUGCUGACGGUAAAGAAUUCAAGUUCUCUGACCCAGCCGGUCACGAACUCCCUGCUAAAGGUUACGAUCCCGGAGAAAACACUUUCCAGGCUCCUCCUGAGGAUGGUGCUUCCGUUAACGUCGCUGUUUCCCCCACUUCCGACCGACUCCAACUCCUCAAACCUUUCAAGGCUUGGGAUGGAAAGGAUAUCAUUGACGCCCCUGUUCUCAUCAAGGCCAAAGGAAAAUGUACCACCGAUCACAUCUCUGCCGGUGGACCUUGGUUGAAAUACCGAGGACAUCUCGAAAACAUCUCUCAGAACUGUUUGAUCGGAGCCAUCAACGCCGAUAACGGAAAGGCCAACGAGGUUUUGAACCAGGAGACCGGUGAAUACGGAGCUGUCCCAACUGUCGGAGCUUACUACCGAGACCGAAACAUCCCUUGGGUUGUUGUAGGAGAUGAGAACUACGGUGAAGGAUCAUCUAGAGAACACGCCGCUUUGGAACCUCGAUUCUUGGGUGGACGAGCUGUCAUCUGUCGAUCAUUCGCUCGUAUUCACGAGACCAACUUGAAGAAACAAGGUAUGCUCCCAUUAUGGUUCAAGAACCCUGCCGAUUACGAAAAGAUCUCUGGAUCCGAUAAAUUGUCGAUCGUCGGAUUGAACGACUUCAAACCUGGACAAGAUAUCAAAGUUGAGAUUACCCACAAGGACGGUUCCAAAGAUUCAUUCUUGACCACCUCAUCCAUCAACGAAGGUCAAUGGGAAUGGUUCAAGGCUGGUUCAGCUCUUAACAAGAUGGCUGCUGCUGCCGCUGCGAGACAAUAA